AUGCUCUAUUUUCAUUAAACGUUUGCCAUCUAUUUUGUGUUAGAAUUGAAACAAGGUGAGAGAUGUCUCGGUACCACAAAGCUGCAAUUGAUGGUUACUUGGACCUCCUGAAGGAGGCCACAAGGAAGGACCUGAACACGCCAGACGAGGACGGGAUGACUCCCACCAUAUGGGCCGCGUUUCAUGGACACGUCGAUGCUCUUCAGCUCAUAUGCAGCAGAGGGGGAGAUCCCAACAGGAGUGACAUUUGGGGGAACACACCACUGCACCAUGCUGCAACCAAUGGCCACAUGCACGUCCUUAGCUUCCUGGUAAACUUUGGUGCUAACCUCUUCAGCUUGGACAAUGACUUUCACACAGCCAUGGAUGUUGCCGCGGCACAUGACCACAUGACCUGCGUGCGCUUCCUCGAUGCUGCUGCCUCAAAGCAGACCGGCGAGAAUGUCAAGAGGGUCGCCAACUUGAAAAGGGAGGCCAGCAAGGAAGCAGAGAAACGUGUGAAACUUUGUGAGAAGGUCAAGAAAAGACACCAGAGCAAGAUGGAUAAGAGGUACCGUGAAGCAGGCAAUGGUGGGUCCAUUUCAGAGGCUAGUGUGGCAUCAUUGUCUUUAAACACUGGUACCAUGAGCAGCGUCAAUGAACAGUUCUCCAAGCUCAUCGCUUCUGACACCUCCGACACGCUCUCAGCCAGGGUUAAAGGUACGCUCCAGAAGAAGUUUGGCAAGAAAGACAAAGGUACAAUGCAGAGAGCAGGGGGUGAUGAGAACGUCAUUUUCUUUAAACAGGAGGACAGAACAUCCGGGAAACCAGAGUUUGUGGGCGUCUUCAAUGAACAGGAUGAGAACGACUUAGAUGAGGAUGAAGUGGCUGGCUUUGAUAAUGAUGAUGGCGAUGAUGAUGAUGAAACCAGCGAAAGCAAACAGUCUAUCUUCAACCGGCCUGGUCUUGGAGGUCUGAUCUUCAUGAAUAAGAUGGGUUUGGAAUCAGAUGACAUACCCAGUGGGAGCAAUAAAAAUCUAGGCUACCUAGUUGAGAAUGAGAUGUCUGACACAGUGGGAGGUGACGUUGGCUUUCAAGAAGACGGUAAUGCUGACCUGCCUUGGAAUCAGGAAGAACUUGGACUGGACGAUGAGGAUGAUGAGGAAACCUCUCCUUUGGAUGUCUUCUUGGCAUCAAUCUCAUUGCCAGAAUUUGCUGUAGCAUUCAGCCGGGAGCAACUGGACCUUGAAGCCCUCAUGCUUUGCUCUGAUGAAGACCUCAAGGGGAUUCGAAUCCAGCUGGGACCCAGGAAGAAGAUCCUGGAAGCUGCUGCACGCAGGAAAAACGCGAUGGAGAAUCCUGGCAUCAUGAAGGACAAUUUCCUAUAAUCAAAAAAAACAAAAUGAGAGAGUUUAGCUAUGUUGUUUGUAACCGAAGAUGAGAGGCUAUCUCUUGGACAGAAAAUGAAGGAUUUUAGUUUUGACAAGAUAUUCUCCAAAAUGGAAGUUUUUUUUCUGAGUCAUUGAAAUACUGCUCUCUGGAGAUAUAAUGCAAUUGUGAAGACCUUAAAAUCUUUGUGAUUUACAUUAUCAUCAUUGUGUCAGGAGUAGCAGCAGCGACUUUAAAGCGACAGUAGACAACUUUUUUGUGCUUUAACUUAUCAUUAGGAAGUAAAUGUUGAUUGCACAGUGUACCUAAUGGCUAUAGAAGAAUGACACCAACAGUGUUUGGUUCCCCUUUAAGCCUCACUUUCAGGCUUAUAGUGAACCAAAUUCUGUCAGCCAGCGGGUACGAUCUCGCGGGAAAAGGAAGGCUCGAUUUCGGAACAAAGGAAACGCGUCAACCAUUGCGCGUCCAAAACAGGGAGAGGGUAGCACUUUUGUUCUCCCCGGUAGCUAUUGGUAGAUAUCCCCAGUAGUGGAAAUGGCGGAAGGUGGAACAACUUCAGUGACAGUGGAAACUCUACCCGGAAAGAGAAAAAGAACCCCAUUGACAGAGGAGGAGGAAAAGAAGGUGAAGAGGAGGAGUGAUAGAAACAGAGGUAAAACAAGAGUGAACCUCUGACAGGAAUUCACUCAGUGGCUCGAUGGAGCGAGCGCCGGUGCUGUAUCGCACUCUGUUUCCCCGUCAAGAUCUGUUUCUCCCUAGCCAGAUGAAGGCGUUCGCAUGGAAAAAGGUUAGCCAUCGGCUAUGAUUAGGUUAAGAUACGCGUUAGGUUAAGCUUAGGGUUAGGUUGAAGUUAGGUUAGGGUUAGGUUAAGGUUAAUCAAGCGGCCCGGCCCGGGGGGGACAGAGUCUGAUACAACACCCAGGACUUGAAAAGGUUCCAAACCGACAUUCAGUUGUCAUUCUUUCUACUGGCUCAGUAAGUAACACAACCUGCCUACUUAUUAAUACGACCGGAUGUUUUUGCUCUGCCUAUAUCAUAGCACUGAGAUCAAGGUUUCUAGUUCAAAUUGGGAUUCUCGCGGUUGUUUCACGCCUUGGACUAGUGGUCACCAACCCUGCUCCCGGACAGCUAUCAUCCUACCGGUUUUCACUCCAAGCCUAAUUCAACACACCUGAUUGUACUGAUUACCUACUUACCAAGACCUUGAUUAAUUG